GUCAAGUGGCAGUCUGUCAGUGCCGCUGCAGCCGAGUAACGAAGGGUGUGCGGAAGGAAAGGGGCUGUCAUUGUGCCUUUUGCAGUUAACUGUUAUUGUUAUUAUUCUUUAAUUUUAACUCUCCAUUAACUAAGUUAUUUCACUUACUGUACCGCAGUGAUGUCACGUCCACUGACAGACCAAGAAAAGAGGAAGCAGAUCUCCGUGAGGGGUCUAGCCGGAGUGGAAAACGUGACGGAUCUAAAAAAGAAUUUUAACCGUCACCUGCACUUCACUUUGGUUAAAGACCGCAACGUCUCAACGCCACGGGAUUACUAUUUUGCCCUCGCUCACACCGUCCGGGAUCACCUAAUCGGAAGGUGGAUCAGGACGCAGCAGCACUACUAUGAAAAAGAUCCGAAACGUAUCUACUAUCUGUCCCUGGAGUUCUACAUUGGCCGUACUCUACAGAACACCAUGGUUAAUUUGGCCCUGGAGAAUGCCUGUGAUGAAGCCAUGUACCAGCUUGGUUUAGAUAUGGAAGACCUGGAGGAAAUUGAGGAAGAUGCAGGUCUUGGAAAUGGUGGACUUGGACGUCUAGCAGCUUGUUUCCUUGACUCCAUGGCUACUCUUGGGUUGGCUGCAUAUGGCUAUGGAAUCCGUUAUGAAUUUGGUAUCUUCAACCAGAAAAUCCAUGGAGGGUGGCAGGUGGAGGAGGCUGAUGAUUGGUUGCGCUAUGGCAACCCCUGGGAGAAAGCCCGUCCAGAAUACAUGCUUCCUGUCAACUUCUAUGGCAGAGUAGAGCACACAGCAGAAGGAGCAAAGUGGUUGGAUACUCAGGUUGUUCUUGCAUUGCCAUAUGACACCCCUAUCCCAGGAUACCGGAACAACUAUGUAAACACCAUGAGACUGUGGUCUGCAAAGGCACCUAAUGAGUUUAAUCUGAAAGACUUUAAUGUUGGUGGUUACAUUCAAGCUGUUUUGGACAGAAAUUUGGCUGAAAAUAUUUCCCGUGUACUUUAUCCUAAUGAUAACUUCUUUGAAGGGAAGGAACUUCGCCUGAAGCAGGAAUACUUUGUGGUUGCAGCCACUCUUCAGGAUAUCAUUCGCCGCUUCAAAUCUUCCAAGUUUGGCAGCCGUGACCCUGUCCGCACAUCCUUCGAAGCUUUUCCUGAUAAGGUUGCCAUCCAGCUGAAUGACACUCACCCUGCCCUGGCAAUCCCAGAGCUAAUGCGUGUUCUUGUGGACAUUGAGAAGCUAACCUGGGACCAGGCCUGGGAUAUAACAACCCGUACAUGUGCCUACACCAACCACACCGUACUGCCUGAAGCUCUGGAGCGCUGGCCUGUCCAUUUAUUCGAGUCCCUGUUGCCACGUCAUCUUGAGAUUAUCUAUGAGAUUAACCAGAGACAUCUUGAUAGAAUCUCAUCUCUUUAUCCUGGGGAUUUUGAUCGUAUGAGAAGAAUGUCCCUGAUUGAAGAGGGUGAUGUAAAAAGGAUCAAUAUGGCUCACUUGUGCAUUGUUGGAGCCCAUGCUGUCAAUGGUGUGGCCCGAAUCCACUCAGACAUCUUGAAAGCCACUGUUUUCAAAGAUUUCUAUGAAUUGGAGCCUCAUAAAUUCCAGAACAAGACUAACGGUAUUACUCCUCGUCGCUGGUUGGUACUCUGUAAUCCAGGCCUGGCUGAAGUCAUUGCUGAGAGAAUUGGUGAAGACUACAUCCGGGACCUUGACCAGCUUAAGAAUCUGCUGAAAUUUGUGAAUGAUGAAGCAUUUAUCAGAGAUGUAGCCAAAGUAAAACAAGAGAAUAAACUCAAGUUUGCUACCUACCUGGAGAAAGAAUACAAAGUAAAGAUCAACCCCAACUCCAUGUUUGAUGUUCAAGUCAAGAGAAUCCAUGAAUAUAAAAGACAACUCUUAAAUUGUCUGCACGUUAUCACCUUGUACAACCGUAUCAAGAGGGAGCCCAACAAGCAGUUUACUCCAAGGACAGUUAUGAUUGGUGGAAAGGCUGCUCCAGGAUACCACGUGGCAAAAAUGAUCAUUAAACUAAUUACAUCGAUCGGAGACGUUGUGAACAAUGACCCUGUUGUGGGAGAUCGUCUCAAGGUUAUUUUCUUGGAGAACUAUAGAGUGUCCCUGGCAGAGAAAGUGGUCCCAGCUGCAGAUCUCUCUGAGCAAAUAUCUACUGCUGGCACUGAGGCAUCGGGCACUGGCAACAUGAAGUUUAUGCUGAAUGGUGCUCUAACCAUCGGUACCAUGGAUGGUGCUAAUGUAGAGAUGGCAGAAGAGGCUGGGGAGCAAAACCUGUUCAUCUUUGGCAUGAGAGUGGAGGAUGUGGAUGAAUUAGAUCGCAAAGGAUACAAUGCUAAGGAUUACUAUGACCGCAUCCCAGAAUUGAAGCAAGUCAUCGACCAGAUUGGUAGUGGAUUCUUCAGCCCCAAACAGCCAGAUAUGUUCAAGGACAUGUACAAUAUGCUCAUGUAUCAUGACAGGUUUAAGGUGUUUGCAGACUAUGAAGCAUACAUCAAGUGCCAGGAGUCAGUGAGCGCACUUUAUAAGAACACCAAAGAGUGGACCAAGAAGGUAAUCCACAACAUUGCUGGCUCUGGCAAAUUCUCCAGUGAUCGCACUAUUGCUCAGUAUGCAAGGGAAAUCUGGGGUGUGGAACCUCACAUGUCUAAGUUGGCUGCUCCUGAUGAUCCCCGCUAAUCAUUUAGCUCUUAUCUGCCCCCUGCUUUGCGAAGAUCGACUUGGGAUUCUGCAUAUCAUGAAAAGAAGACAACAAACUUUGUUGAUUUUGGUUGUUUUGUAAAAUUGCAAUGUUGCAUCAAGAGACUGUUGUUAUCCCUUUUUAAAGGAAGCAUAAAAUUACUGCUGCCUGCUGGCUGAAUGGCAUUGAACAUUUAUAGGAUCAAUGUCAUGGUUUUGGAGAUCUGCCACAAAGUGACCUGGCUUUGCCAGAUUCAAGAAUACCUUUUUGGAACUAUUUUGGUUUUACGUAGGAAAAUUAAUAGAUAAAUCUACAUUUAGUUGGUGCUAAAACUGGUCAGUUAUAGAUGACAUGUACCUUUAAUAAUGUCCAGUAUAGACAACCUUAGGACAUACGACAUCGAAUAUUUAUAUAAAAUAUACAUGCAUUAAAUCCUUUUAAUUAUUAAUACCAAGUAUUUAUUGUUUAACAGUUGUAAAAAAUGAUACAGCAGUUAAAAAAAGAGUGUGAGGAUUGUACUUCUUGUUGUAUGCAGCCAGCAGGAUUGUAGUGAUAAAAUGCUUCUUUUUUUGAGCGACAAAAAUUGACGGUGCUUUUCGCUUGUGUGAGAUAGGUCAUUUUUAUUGUUCAUUAAUGGCUGAAAUAAGGAUUUGCACAUUGUUUUAGUUUCCUACUCUUUAUUUGUCCCAUUGCAUCUAAUGCCCCCCAUCCCCGCGUUAUGGUUAAGCAGGUAAGCUUUGAUAAAACUGUUUUCUCCUCUGGAAAUGGCUUAACAGAUGGCUCUGGCUGACCCCCUCUUCUCUGCCUGCACACUGGCACAGAGGAUACUCAAAUGCCAAGGUGAUAGCUGCCAAAAUCAGUAGGGCUGACAGAUCUUGUCCUACACAGAACACAGCAAAACACAGCUGUGAGUUUACCUCAGUGAUCAUAAGCUAAAAAGGUUGCUUACUGAACACAUCUGCUUCAGUUAACCUUUCGCUGGCAGACAUGUCUCUGUUCCAUCUGUCCUGUAAAGGCCGUUAGACCUAAUGUUUCAAGUCAUUUUUUGUUAUUGUGUCUGUUGUAGCAGGAGAAAACACUUGCCAGUGAAUGUGAGGAUCUGUUACUUUGUAUGCACAAUGGACACACUGUUAGGCAGCUCAUCCCUCCGAAGCAUGCAUUUCCAACUUCUCCUUAUUGUAUAGGUAUUAAAAGAACAAUACUGAUUUAUUAAUCAUGGCUUCCAAAGAAUGUAAUUAGCCGAGAAUAAACCUUGAUGUCUGAAAUCCUUUAACAAUGUAUGCCUUAAAAUUUGGCUGACACUUCCUAACUGUGGAGAUUGUAUGGCACACAUAUGUUUUAUGAAGAUUUAAAAAUUCAAGAACCCUUUAUGUAUGUAAUUAUACAUUAUGUUUCCAAACAGUGUGCAAGGACAGAUAUGCAAUCAUGAAGGUAAUGUAUUUCUUGGUAGACCUUGGGUUAUGUCCUUUGAGUUGUAUUCCCCAGAGCAGUAGUAAAGCUCAACAAGAACAAAACCUUGAGAAGAGUGUAGACAUCUUCAUCUUUAAGAAACUCCUCCAAAGACAUUUUGACAGAUGACUUAAAUUCUCCAUAAGAUUCAACAAUUACAAAACUGAUCAUGGAGUUGUCAUGGCCGUGUUAGCUGGCUGCUUUACCAAAUACUUUCAAAAACCUUCUAGCUGCCAUCGUCCAUGCUUCAGGAUACAUUUAAAGUCCCACUCUUUUUUUGACACUGCUUUUAUCUUAUCUGCUGCUAUGACCAUUAUGUUCAGUGUUAUGAAUGGUACUUUUUGGUGAACCCUUUUGGUCCGUUGGUUCUUGUGCCCAUACAAUACUCGGAGGAAAUGCCGGCUAAUGGAAGACAUUAAGGUUUCUUGAACUAAUUAAGACAAUGUAAUAAUAUAUGAAUAUUACAUGAAAAUAAAUUUUAAAAUAUUGGUGGUUA